GAAAAUUGCUGUACUGCACCGGUGGGAUUUUUUUUACCGUGUUGUGGUUGCUAUAGUAACAGUCAAUAGGAGGUGUGUUAUUGCCUUGUGCUUUUGGAAACAUUUGAACUAGUCCUACUUCGCUCCACCUCGUAACACAUCGUCUAGACUAGAGAUUUAAGUUUUAGAGGUUUUAAUUUAGAUUAAACUACGCUGUGAAUAUAAAACGUGUAACAAAAUUAUAGCAUAAGGUGCUACAUUCCUCACGCGGAUCCUAUGCCUCCAAAGAAAACCGAGCGUAAGCCGGAUGUCGAGUUACCUACACCACCCGAAUCCGACAAAGAUAGCGUGUUGCAAAAAGAGUACGGCAUUCUUACCAACACACUGCUAAACCUCAAGAGGAAACUUGAACAGCUACGGAAAGAGAACGAGUUCCUUCAGAAUGAAGCCAACCAGACGCGCAUGGAGAGUCACGAGUACAUGGCAUACGUGUCCAAGAGGACUCAGAAGCGUCAGAAGGCCAUAGUCACGUUGAGUGACCAGAACCAUCAGCAGCUGGAGAGCCUUAGCGAGCAGCGAGAGAAGCUCCUGGAAAAAUACGAGGAGCAGGCCAGCGAACUAAAGCAGAAAAUCCUGGAGAAGGAAAAUGAGCUUGCUCUGCUGAACAUUGAGAUUGCUGAUCUAAGAGAAUUUAAGAGCCUGCAGCAGCAACAGCUCAGCCGUAUUGCCGAGCUGGAGAAGGAGGGGUUGGCCAUGCGCUGCUGUCACUCGGAGUCGCUGCAGGCCCUGAAGUCGGACUUCCUGACGAAGAAGGAGUGCCACCAGAACCAGGCCCAACAGGAGGUCAAUAACCUCGCCCUGGCAGCCAACCGGGAGGCGUCCGAGUGUCUGCUGUCCCACACGCAGGAGGUGGCGCAGGAGAACGAGUGCCUGCGCACUGAGCUGCAGCAGCUCAUCCAGCGGGCGCAUGUCCUGCGCACCCACCAGGACCGGCUGCAGGCCCAGCGCCGCCAACUGCUGAUGGAGAAGGAGUACGUGCAGGAGCUCCGCCGCCUGCGAGCCGUGCCGCACUCCCACUCCAGGCCACAAGGCGGCUCUAACGCUGUGCAGCCGCCACCUCAACAGGAUGCAGAACCGGGAACACAAGAGCGUGGGACAAGUGAAGCAUAGCAGUUUUUUAGGCCCUACUAUUGUUUUUUUGCACUUCUCACUGGGAUAAGCACAUUCAGCACAUUCUUGAAAAUUAUGAUUCAUCUGUCUCCUGUUACUAAACCAUGAUAAAUACAUUUUCUUGUGUGCCAUUGGAGUAAAAUGAUAUAUGGAUGAUA